AUGAGUGAGGAAGAGCAGAGCAUCGGUUCGAUGCCAGUCAGGAAAGUGUCCCGCAUGCCCAAAUGCUCGCGCUGCAGGAACCACGGCUACGUGUCGCCGCUGAAGGGACACAAGCGCUUCUGUAACUGGAGGGACUGCCAAUGUCAGAAGUGCAGACUUAUCGCUGAAAGACAGCGGGUCAUGGCUGCCCAGGUGGCUUUACGCAGGCAGCAGGCCCAGGAGGAAGAGAUGGGCUUCUGCAGUCCGGUCAACCUGUCCGUUUCUGACCCAGUGGUGAAGAACGAGUCAGGAGUUGACUACGUGUUUACUGUGGGCCCAAGAGCUCCAUCACCCACCAUGAGCAGUGCUCCCUCCUCCCCCACUGUCCCAGGGGGCCGUUCUAUGCUGUCUCUGAGUCCUGCAGCGACCAGCAGAGGGCACACUGAGGGCACAUCUGACUUAAUGGUUGAUGCAUCCUAUUACAACCUCUACCAGCCCACACGCUACUCCUCCUACUACAGCAAUCUGUACAACUACCAGCAAUACCAGAUGCCUGCUGGAGACGGCCGCCUGUCCAGCCAUAACGUGUCUCCCCAGUACCGCACACACUCCUACUAUUCACCUUACCUGAGUCAGGGUGCCUGUGUCCCACCCAGUACCUGCCCUGAGCCCAAAGCAGCAGCUUUCUCUGAUGGAGCACAAGCUGACCACAGUUUGACCACAAUGACAAUCAGCUCAAUGACCAGCAAUGAGAACAAGCUGGAGUGUGAGAGCAGCUCAGAGUCUGGAAACUUUUCCGUGGACUCCAUCAUAGAGGGAGCGACCAAAUAAAAGCCUUCAACAACCUAGCUUUAUGCUGCAUUGAUUCUAGUGACAAAAUAGUACUACACUGUUAGUUAUUUAGUAGGAAGUACUGAUCAAGUUGAUUAUUGUGUUUGUGUUUUUUUCUUCAGAAUUAUCCUAGACAUUAGUUAGAGAAAUGAGCUUGUGAUGAUCAGAUUUGCACUAUAUAUAGUUAGUUUACUAUGUAGCGUCACUAUGUUUCAAACUGUUUGAUUAAGAUUAAUGGGUUUAAUUCUUUUUGUAAGACAAAACAAGUGAGACAGAUCAAACCAUAUACACUCCAAUCAGAACUCACUUGAAGCUCAAUGUUGCUGUCAUUGCUCAUAUGGAACAUAUAACUUCCUUCGUACGACCUUCAUGGUGCAAUAGUA